CCGAUAAUAGGCGAUAAUAAUAUCGGCGUGGCGUGAGGGAAACAAUACAUGACGACCGGCUGCCUAGGCGGUCUCGUCACGCGACUACACCGAUUAAAUGCGAAGCUUUCGAAUGCGCAGAGAUAUAUCCCCGAUUUCUGCUAUUUUCGAAAUUCAUUCAGGAUGACUUCGCGAAACUGAUUCCGUGAACAGGAUGACGAAUUAAUUGGUAUUGCGCUUCUUUACGCGUUACAGAAGGAAAACGCGCGUGUCGAGGUCUUGUCGUUAAAUACUUUUCCGUCUUUCCGGAAUUUGUAUGCUUAGUCAGAUCUCGUAAUUAUGCUCGCGAGUUAGUUGGAAUUGCAAGCUGAGCUAGAGAAUGGAGUUUUACUGAAAAGAAAUGCAAAUUCGGAAAUAGGUUUAAGAGGUUCUUUGGGAAUGCUUUGCUCGGAACGGAAUAUUUCUGUUUUGGAGUUGAACGAUUUUGCAAUUGCAUGUUUUUAAUUUUCCCGGUAAAGAUGGCGGAUCUUGGUGCCGUGCGCUGAUUGGUCGAAAAGGUGCGAAUAGACGCGAUUAUAACCGACAAAUUUUCACCACGAGUUGGAGUUAUAUUUUCAUUGUGAUCAUUGCUGUAUGAUAGCGUAAAGUAGUGCGGAGUAUUGUGUUUAAGCACGUCGUUUAAUAGGAUACCGAUUUAAUAUUUUAAUGCGGAAUCGUCCAAUAUAAUGUCAUCGACGACGCCUAACGGAAGCAUUAAGUAUAUUUAUAAUUUACCGUUUUCUGAACGAGUUGAGCUGUGCAGGAUAUUAAAUCAAAAUGAUAAGUGGGAAGAGCUUGCAGGCAUGUGGAUGAAGUACGAUGUUCUAACGAUCCAAAAUCUGCGGAAAGAAAGAAAUCCAACUGACGAGCUGCUGACGAUGUGGGGACAUCUCAAUCAUACCAUUUUAGAACUUUUUAUAUUGUUGUCUCGAAUGCAGCAUUAUCAAGCGAUGUUACCAUUGAAACUGUUUGUAGAUUCUAAAUUUCACGAGCUCAUAGAUAACGGGGAAGGAAACCUCCAGAGGAUGCUUGGAAAAUUGAAAAGUAAAAAGAACUUGAAAGAUCUGAAAAUCGGCACGCAGAAUUUUAAUCAAAAGUGUCAACCUCGACCUAACAUUCCAAAAGUUGUUCUCGAGGAAAAUAUUCCAGGAGAUUCGCAGAAGAUUUUGAAUCAAUCUCCACGCGGCCAAAACUCGCCGAGUAAUUCAAAUAAUUUAUUAGUAGCAUCUCCUAUAGCAACUCCACACUUUUCACCAAAAUUGCAACACAUUGCUGGAAAAAGAACUAUCGAAUUGCCACUCCCAAGAACGGAAGCGACUUUACCACAGUGUUCAUUUAACGAAUUGGCCGUUGCGACAGAUAGAUGGAGCCAGCAUAACAUACUAGGCAAAGGAGGCUUUGGAACAGUAUAUAGAGGUACAUGGAAGAACACGGAAGUGGCAAUUAAAAAGAUAGAGCGACGAGGACCUGAUUCCGAUGAGAGUUACAUGAUGCAACUGCAACAAUCUUUAAGAGAAAUACAAAUUCUGAACUCUCGUGCUCAUGAAAAUAUAUUACCACUAUAUGCAUAUAGUUUAGGUGGGGAGGCACCAUGUCUGAUUUAUCAAUUCAUGCGAAACGGUUCCUUGGAAGAUAGGUUACUCUUGAGACAGAGGACUCAACCCUUAAAUUGGUUGCAACGUCAUGAGAUAGCUAAAGGUGUUGCAAGAGGUCUACAGUAUUUGCAUACCAUUGGAGACAAGCCAUUGAUUCAUGGCGACAUUAAAAGUGCCAAUAUUCUACUAGACAAGAAUUUUGAACCAAAGAUUGGAGACUUUGGUUUAGCGAGAGAAGGGCCUGAGAAGGAUUAUAUGAAAGUCAGUCGAAUACAUGGAACGAGACCAUACUUGCCAGAGGAAUUCUUACAUGGCAAGAAUCUAUCUACAAAAAUAGAUACCUACAGUUACGGCAUUGUCUUAUUCGAACUGGCUACAGGUCUGUCAGCUUACGAUGACUUCAGGCCAGAGAACAAGUUCUUAAAAGAUUUUAUAGAUAACUGGCAGGACAAGGAUCUUCCUCUUUUAAUGGACAAGAAAGCUGGUGAAGAGAACAAACAAGUGUACCAUAACUUAAUAGUGUUGGGAAAAUGGUGCUCGAACAGAUUAUCAAAAGACAGGCCUGAGAUGGAGCUAGUAUUUCGUAAGCUGAACGAUUUGUAAAACCACGUUCGCUGUCGACAAUACUUCAUGUUGAAUUUCAGUAUCUGCAGCCUGACAUACAGCGAAUACUAACCUAUAAGUGGCAAGAACUUCUGCAGGACAAUUUCCAUUAUUCUCGUGAAUGUUUACUGUUACUAUGUAGAUAUACAGACAUAUCUAUUUGCAUCAAACGUAACAAAACUGUGAUAAAAGAAACGAUACUAAAUCACGGGAAAUUAGGUGCGAAGUGCCAAGUUCGCGGACUUGGUGAUAUUUUUUACGGUCAUGUGUACAAUAGAUUUAUGUUUAUUAACAACA